ACUCAAGCAACUGCAUCCCAAAAGAGGGAAAAAGUAGGAAAUAUCCUGCAAACGGUUCUAAAUAAGGCGUCCCGACGAACCGCUCGCGUUUGGCGUGUCCGCUGUCGGUUAACUGAGCUACCACGAAUGUGAAGACGUUUGUAUAGAGAUUAUUGACUGACUUACACCGAAGGAAACGACGAAUUAAAACGACGAAUUGCUGUUAUAUCAAACCGAAUUUAUCCGAAAAAGGCGCAUGGGAUGAACAUUUUGCAAAAAACACUUGAUGCAGCUUAAAAACAUCUGAAGUUACGCCGUCAAAUGUAUUGGAAAAAUGAAGCUCUGGCCCCUCUUUCAGAGGGAAAUCAGUUUCUAUCCGAAGGAAUUCCCUCAAAACAGGUGAUCUCUCCAGAUUCGCACAGCACACCGGGAGCAUCACGCUGCGUGGACGGACAACACGGACAAGCGAUGUCACAGUCUGACGGGGAAUCUCAUAGAUCUAAUAUGGAGAAAGACGACACGCGCUCCUCGCCCAGUCCGCCCUCAACUCCGUCCAUCUGCUCGCCCACGUCCACCGCCUCCUCCGUGCCGUCCACCGGGAAGAACGUGUGCGCGAGCUGCGGACUGGAGAUCCUGGACAGAUACCUGCUCAAGGUUAAUAAUCUGAUCUGGCACGUGAGGUGUCUGGAAUGUUCCGUCUGCAGGACUUCACUACGCCAGCACAGCAGCUGCUAUAUUAAAAACAAGGAAAUCUUCUGUAAAAUGGAUUAUUUCAGUAGGUUUGGUACAAAGUGUGCCCGCUGUGGCCGGCAGAUCUACGCCAGCGACUGGGUCAGACGAGCCAGAGGAAACGCUUAUCAUCUGGCCUGCUUCGCCUGCUUCUCCUGCAAACGGCAGCUGUCCACCGGAGAAGAGUUCGGACUGGUGGAGGAAAAAGUGCUCUGUCGGAUUCACUACGACACUAUGGUGGAGAACCUGAAACGGGCCGCUGAGAGUGGAAGUGGACUCACUUUGGAGGGGGCGGUGCCGUCGGAACAGGACAGUCAACCAAAACCAGCCAAAAGAGCACGAACUUCCUUCACUGCUGAACAACUGCAGGUAAUGCAGGCUCAGUUUGCACAGGACAACAACCCUGAUGCUCAAACCCUGCAGAAACUGGCGGACAUGACAGGACUGAGCAGAAGAGUCAUACAGGUCUGGUUUCAAAACUGCCGAGCGAGACAUAAAAAGCACACUCCUCAGCACAACGGCCCUCCUCAAGCUCAUCCACAGGCUCGAAUGCCACCCUCGCUGCCUGACGAGCUGCAUUACUCUCCAUUCGGUAGUCCUGAGAGAGCACGCAUGGUGGCCCUGCACGGAUACAUCGACAGUCAUCCGUUCUCAGUCCUCACUACACAGAGUCUCCCUCACCAGGCCAUGACGUUGCCGCAGCUUCCUCUUAGCCGCUAACACCCGCACUGACCUCUGACCCCUUCACCCCGACCUCCUCCAACCACCCCAGAGGUCCUGCUCUUGACCUCAGAACCCUGCAAGGAGAGACAUGACAUUGUUUCCUCACUGACUAUAUUGGACAGGAUUUUACUCACCUGUUGAGGAAAAAAAAAAAACACACGCAUGGGUGACCUGUGAAUCUGCGUCUCGCUAAGACCAGGAUCUGGACUUCACACUGUAAAGACUAGACUCUUCUGACUCAGCGUUUGGAGACUAUGAAUGCAAACAAAAGGAAUGUAAAAAGUUACCAGCAUCAGUGUUAUAACAUGUAGAUUGAAAAAAGGCAAAAGCACACGCAAUGUGGAUGGGGAAUAAAUGACAUAGGACCAAUGGGUAAGACAUAUUUUCUCUUUUUUUAUCCCCCUCGCUGAAAUGUGCCAUGAUUAAACGUGUUCUUAGUCGCCUAAAAACUAGACUUCCACAGUUUUAGAGUUUAAAAAGACUAUAAACUGUUAUUGUUUUUAAGGCAAGACACUACAGGUGAAUAGAUUAACAGAUUAGUUUUAUCACACUUCCACGGUUGAUUGAUCACAUUAAAAAACUGCAAACAUUUUUUGUUACUGUAUGUAUAAAUAUGCAAACAAGACAUUAUUAAAUAAACUCUAAUUUGCAUAUAUUGCUAGCACUGAAACUGAAAAUUGAACUUUUUUAUUUCAUUAUUAAUAUAAUUAUUAUUUUGACACAUUAGAGUCAACGAGAUUUUACAAAGACAUUUUAAGACAUUGUGUCUUUUCUUCACUUCAUAAUUCAGAAAUUAUUUGAACAGAAAAGAAAAAUAUCUAUGAACAAACCCAUCAAUAAAACCUUCAGAAUGCAUAUAUGAAAAAAGAAAGAAUGUGAAGAUUGUUGUUAGAGCUGCUGAGGUGAUUUAUUGGAGAAAAACAGAUUUUGAGAAAAUAUCCUGCAAAAAUAUGUAUUGAAAUAGAAAUACACAGACCCAAUUUGACAAAGUGCUAUAAAAGAAUCACUUAAAAGUGUAUUUUGGAUGCUUUCUUUUCAUUAUGUUAAAUAAAUACUUAAUUUAAUUAAAUAAAAUAUCAAAAAGCUUUUAAAAAAAUCUCAAAAUUGACAGGUGGAUGAAAAAAAAAGCUUUUACCUGCAGUGUCUUGCCUUAAAUUAUAAAUCCUAAAAAUAACUUGUGAAUUAUGGCUACAAUUACCUUGUUUGUUUGUUUGUUUAGAAAUCAAGUGAACUUGUUUAAUUUUAGAUCAAGUAUGUUAAAUAUUUUUAAGAGUCCAGAGGAUGUCUAAACCUUUGAAUAUUAAAACUUUUUCAGGAUGCUUUGCAAUGACUGUUGUCGUAUCCGUUUACCUACAAAGAACGAUAAUUGCAGUGAUUGUUUUACAAAUACAAUUAUUAAACACGAUGAUGAAGGGAUUAUCAAUGACAAACAACAGUAUUUUGUGCAAAAGAAUGGAGGAGGAAGACUAAAAAGAGCACUUGAGUAAAAUGUAAAGAUAGCUACAUGUAAAGAAAAUGUACAUGUAUUUUUAUUUAAGCAGUGUGCUGAUUUAAUGUGGGAGACGAGUGUGUCUGUGUUUCAUGGUUUUCUUCAUUCACGUGUGCCGUAUUCAGCUGUGACGAGAGAGACGCUGCACACGAGCUGUGUACAGGUCUGAAUCCAGGGGAAAAGGCUGAAUUUGUAACUUAAAUUUGAGAAAUGCAUUCUUGUGUUCUGAAUGGGGGACAAGGCCUCAACAUUCUUGUAUUUAUUAUGACAGGUAGCCUGUAAGCACUUUUCCCCACUUCCACAUGUCUGUUUUGUAAAAAAAAUGAUAAAAAAGGAAAUAAAUAAAUGAAAUAAUUAA